UUAUUUUGCCGUUGCAUACUGGAUUGUCAGAGAUUAUUAAUACUGCUUUAUUUUUGAUGUCGUUUAUAAACAGCUUCCAGCCGUCUUCAGCGCAAACGCAAAGGAAUAUCAAGUCUCUUGGGGGGCGAUAAUUGUUGUUGUUACUAUGCUGCAAGGACAAUGAAAUGGGCUCAGUUUCGCCAUUGCAAUACUGUGCUUUGUGUAUUUUGAUCGACAGUAGUAAGAACCUGUAAUUUGCUGCCAGAGUAGUUUAAUUCACUUUUAGAAAACUAAAUUAACAGUUUGGGAGGCAAGCACUGAUAAGCAACAUAAACUUCAGAUAAUCACCAUUCCGCGGUGUACGUAUGAGAAGCAGAGAGAAGAUGAAGUGGUUUACACUAUGCGUUGGAUUUCUUGUUACUGGGCUGGCCCAGUGUAGGUCAAAUGCUUUUAAAAACAACAAGGAUCUGGACCCUGAAGUCAACAUGAACAUUAGUGAAAUCAUUAGGCGCUGGGGUUACCCAGCAGAGGAAUAUGAAGUUGUAACUGAGGACGGCUAUAUCCUAAGUGUCAACAGGAUUCCACAUGGCAUCAAGACUAAGACCUUGCAAGAGCCCAAGCCGGCUGUCUUCCUCCAACAUGGUCUUCUGGCAGCUGGGAGCAACUGGGUGACCAACCUUCCCAACACCAGUCUAGGCUUCCUCCUAGCAGAUGCUGGCUUUGACGUGUGGCUAGGCAAUAGCCGGGGCAACACCUGGUCUAGAAAACAUGUCAAACUCAACCCUAAACAGACCGCCUACUGGGCAUUUAGCUAUGAUGAAAUGGCAAAGAAGGACCUUCCAGCAGUGAUAGACUUCAUCACAAAGACUACAGGCCAGGAGCAAAUCUUCUAUGUUGGACAUUCUCAGGGAACCACUAUUGCAUUUAUUGCCUUUUCCACCAUGCCAGAGCUAGCCAGCAAAAUUAAAAUGUUCUUUGCUCUGGCACCUGUAGCUACAGUAGCUUUCACUGCUAGCCCCAUGACCAAACUAUCUGUCUUUCCAGAGAACCUCAUUUGGGAUAUCUUUGGAAGGAAAAUCUUCUUUCCUCAAAAUGAACUCAUCAAGUUUUUCGCCACAAAGUUUUGUAGCAAGAAACCACUGGAUGUACUGUGUGGAAACAUCUUCUUUCUCCUGUGUGGCUUUGAUGAGCAAAACCUGAACAUGACAAGGACCCCUGUCUACACUACACACUGCCCUGCAGGGACCUCUGUCCAGAACAUGGUUCACUGGGCUCAGGCUGUUAAGAGUGGCAAGCUUAUGGCAUUUGACUAUGGGAAAGCUGGGAACAUGGCUCAUUAUAACCAGUCAACCCCACCAGUGUAUAACGUUAAGGACAUGAAGGUUCCCACUGCUCUUUGGUCUGGAGGACAGGACACACUGGCAGACCCCAGUGAUGUGGGAGUUCUCCUUACACAAAUUCCCAAUCUGGUCUACCACCGUAACAUCCAGCACUGGGAGCACCUGGACUUCAUCUGGGGGUUGGAUUCUCCACAGGAGAUGUAUGAUGACAUGAUCAAACUGAUGCAUGAACAGUUAUAAAAUUUCCUUCAGUGCCUAUUUUCAGCCUUAGUUCUCAGCAUACUGCUGCAGGUGUUUUAAUAGUUUGUUGUUUUGGUUUUAUUUGUGUCUUGUUUUAAUUUUUUCCAUAUUGCUAAUAGCAUGAACCAUCUCAUAAUAUGAGUAGCAGGGAAACAAAAUGAUAUUGAGAACAAAUUUUUGUCAAAGUUUGUGCCUCCCUUCCAUGAUAUCUGAGUGAUUCUUUUUGUCUAAGAUUGCUAAAAUCCUACAUCAGAUGUAGGUGUUAAGAAUGUCAUGGAGCCCAUAAUGAGCUGUAAGUGUACAUGAGCGAGAUUCUGUCCACUCACCAGUUUUACCUCAUACCUCCAUAUUCAAAAAAUGCACUUUACAAACUGAACUUUUUUAUUGUUCUAUAUGUGCAAACAACCUGUUGUUUGCCAUAAAACUGGUCAUAUCUUUUAAUUGUGACGUCAUUAGAUGACCCUGAUGGUGUAUUUUUUUCUGUACCGUUUAAUCUGAAAUCUGAGGACUUUGAUGUGAAGAUUAUGAAAACUAAUUCUGAUUCUUAUGAACAAAAAAUGUUUUUUGAGUAAAGCAUUGAACCAAAACUAAUAAAUACCACAUGACAAA